AUGUCCGUUCCCCAAUCCUGCAAAGCCUUCCGGCGAACAGCCGACGGCUCGACCGUUGAAAUGGUAGAGGAGAAACUCCCAUCCUCCCUCCAACCCUCACAGGUCCUAAUCCGCAUCCACGCGGUCUCCAUCAACUACCGAGACGUUGCCAUGAUGAACGGAAAGUAUCCAGUCUCGGUAAUCGAUCGCGGAAUCCCGGCUUCGGACUGUGCGGCAGAAGUUGCCACGGUUGGAUCUGAAGUGAAGGAUUUCCGAGCAGGAGAUCGUGUUACGGUUAUUUUCGACUUGAAUAACCUCACGGGCACUGAGGACGAGACGCAAGUCCUUGGUGGGGAUGUUGAUGGAGUUCUAAGACAGUAUGCGGUGUUUGAUCAGAGCGUGCUCGUUCAUUUGCCCAAUCAUCUUUCUUGGGAAGAGGCCGCCUGUAUCACCUGCGCAGGAGCAACUGCUUGGCUCGCGCUUGACAUGCCACGAUCUAGCGGCGUUGCAUUACUCCAGGGAACCGGUGGGGUCAGCAUGUUCGCUCUCCUCAUCUGCCUCGCAGCCGGCAUCAAGCCUAUCAUCACAUCCUCAUCCGACGCAAAACUAGCGGCCGCACAAGCCCUCGGCGAUGCGGGUGUGGUGCAGACCAUCAAUUACAAAACCCACCAUAACUGGGAAGAGAAAGCGCGCGAGCUUACGGGUGGCCGCGGCGUUGAUGUUGUCGUGGACAAUAUCGGUCCUACGGCUAUUUCUCAGAACCUCUCAUCUCUUGCGAGAAGGGGCGCGGUUUCUCUUGUUGGCUUUCUAGGGGGAUUCAAGCUGGAUAAGCAGCCUGAGAUCCUUGGACAGGUCCUUGGGAUGAGUGCGGUUAUCAGGGGAAUCAACCCGGGCUCCAAGGCCGACCUGCAGUGCUUUUGCAACUUCCUCGAGGAAAAGAAAGUUCAAUUGAAGCCUUUGCUGGAUGAGACUGUCUUCAAUUUUGAGGACUCAAAGACUGCGUUCGAUCACCUUUAUGCUGCCAAGCAUAUGGGCAAGGUGGUUAUCAAGAUCUAA